CCUCGCUACCUCGGGAGGAUGUGACGUAAGAGCUUCCGUCAACAUGGCGGCAAAACCAAACGCUGCUAGACAAGUCUGAACGCAUAUGCCCCUGUUGACAUCGGUGCUUGUGCAUCGUAUUCUUUGAAUUUAAAAUGGCUCACCUGUGGCAGCAACCUUAUGUGAACGUUUUUAAGCAUUUCAAUGUAUCAUCAUGGAAGAAAGCAUUGAAAGAAGGGGAUGUGAGCACCUUGAUGGACAAAACAGUGAAGGCAACGGUGUACAAGAUUAGUGGACACAUACCAGCUGGUAACUAUAUUCAGCUGCCACGCAUGAGUUCACAGUCCCUGGGAUUGACAGGUCGUUAUUUUUACCUGCUGUUUCGUCCAGUGCCAACAAAAUACUUUGUAGUCCACGUUGAUGUUGCAACUCAGGAUGGCCUUGUUGUGCGUCUCUCAUUUUCUAACCUCUUCAAGGAGUUCAAAUCCACAGCUACGUGGCUUCAGUUUCCAUUUUUGUGCAAUCCAGCGAAGGAUUCUGUAGCUUUCUUUGCUGCUGUUGGUGCACGAGAACAUAUUGGACCAGCCCCAUCUUCAACAAGGUGGACAGUCUUGUGCUUGGAUUUACAGUACAUCCUUUCCACAUACCUGAGUCGGAGGUACUCCUACGUCAGAAGUAUCCGACUGUGUGCCAACAUGCUAGUUAAAAAUGUUUUCACCAGUGAUAUUGUUUAUGAUCCAGAUAUCUCUAUGGCUGAUGCCAAGAAGAGAGGUGGUAAUGUCUCACCACUGCCAAGAGAUUUUGGCUUUCCUGUUCAGAAGGGAGAGACUUGGCAUGAUAUAUAUGACCUGAUUAGGUUUCCACCUGAAGGUGACAGAAAACCUUUUGAUUCUGUACAGUAUACUGUCGGUGGCAUCGAUGACAACGUAGAUGAGAACAUUGAAAACCACCCACAAAGAAUCAGACCACACCCACAGAAUGUUAGUAAAUGUGUAUCAGAACGAGUUUCAAUGAUACACAAGUUAACUGAACCAAAACAGUAUCACAGGAAGCAGCUUGUUACAAAAGAAUUGCCAGAGAUUGAGGCUGAUGCCUUGACAGUGCCAGACCCGUCAAAUGUGCACAUAUUUGCACAUCCCAUUGACUUAGAGGAUGAGGCACUGGCAAGUUCAAAAGGGCCAAAGAAAAGUACACAUAAGGUUUCAGCUCAUUUGCAUCUGACUAUGGGAAAAACAAAGUGCAAGGUUUUGGAGCCAGACCCAAUUAUAACAUUGAAGCAUAUUAUUGGAUUUGGCGGCGGCACAUUCCGAGAUGCUCUGUGGAGUAGUGACCGAUCGACUGUCAUCUAUCCAUGCCAUGCAGUAAUAGUGGCCAUGCGCAUAAGCAAUGGCCAUCAACGCUUCUUCAUUGGACACACUGGCAAGGUAUCUUGCCUGUCGAUGAAUAGCAGUGGCACACUAUUGGCCUCAGGACAAACAGGACAGAUGGGUGUUGUUCGGGUGUGGAAGUAUCAAGGCUGUGAAUGCCUGGCCAUCUGCAGAACACAUGCUAAUUCUCUCUACUGCCUCAGUUUUUCAUGUAGUGGAAAUGUUUUGUGUGGAGUGGGAAAAGACAGUCAUGGAAAAAAUUUAGUGGUGAUUUGGAACACGAGCUCUGUGUUGAAGAAGCGGGAGAUCAGCAUUGUAGCCAAGGCUCAUACAGAUGUUGAUGUUUCAAAAAUCACCAUCUCACCAUUCGAUGAGACCAGGAUGGUAUCGUGUGGACGAGAUAACAUAAGACUUUGGCGGGUCAAGGAUGGUACAUUGCGUUCAGCACCCAUUAGUCUGGGAGACCACCACUCCAUGGAUUUCACAGAUGUUUGUUUUGACACAGGGGUCCAAGCUAACCAAAACCCUGAAAGGAGACUUAUUUAUGCCUGCUGUCGGUCAGGCCAUGUGUUUGAAAUUGACUACCAAAAAAUGGCUGUGCUACAUGUUCGACGAUUGCUACCCACAGCUACUAAGAAGAAAGAUCAAGCAAGCAACAAAGCAGAUUCUUUGCAGAGAGGAUUGGUUAUUAACAGCAUUAGCAUCAGUGAGACAUUCUGUGUCACUGGCUCAGAUGAUGGAUUUCUGCGGUUAUGGCCACUGGAUUUUGCACAUGUUUACCUCGAAGCUGAGCAUGAUGGAGCAGUGACAUCAGUUAACUUGUCUGCUGAUGGCCUAAAAAUAUUAGCUGGCACUUCUACAGGUAAUCUGGGCAUACUAGAUGUUGCGACACGAGACUACACGACCAUCAUGCGUUCACACACAUCCCGCAUCAUGAGUGCUGCGAUGGAUCCAUUUAGCAAGCAUUUAGCCACAGUGUCAAAAGAUCAUAGCAUUCGAGUCUGGGAUGCUGAAACUUUUCAGCAGCUGUAUGACUUUAGUGCUCCAAAUGAGUCACCAAGCACCAUAAGUUAUCACCCCAUCAACCAGAUAUUUGCCUGUGGCUUUGAAAGUGGGGCAGUACGUGUCUUUGAUGUGGAGUCUACCUGCCUCAUAGCAGAACACAAACCACACCGAGGGGCAUUGACAGGUGUUGUCUUCUCUCCUAAUGGGGAAUAUCUGUACAGUGCAUGCUCUCAGGGCAUGCUGGCGGCAUAUUGUGCUGCUGAUUCCAAGUUCUCCAUCAUCAGAGUGCUGGCCAAUACAGUAGCCAGGGGAAUGCACUUUGCCCCUGAUGCCUUAGCAGUCAGCAGCUGUGGGAGAAAACUGGCCUUUGUGGGUCCUUCUGAUUUCAUUGUGACAGUCAUGGAUGCUAAAUAUCUCAGUGAGCUGCUGCGAGUGGACAUUACUAGCAUGGCAUCAGGUGAUGUGGGACAAGGGGGUCUUGACACUGCUGUACGAGUAAUGUUCACUCCAGCCAGCGUUGGUCAUCUGCUGGUGGCAACCUCUUCAAACCGACUUGUCAAACUUGAUGCAGCCAGCGGUAAACUUUUUGCUGAGGUGAACAAUAUUCACAGAUCUGGCUGCAGUUCAUUAGCAAUAUCAUGCAAUGGAAAUUAUCUGGUUACUUCUGGAGAUAAAGUGCUCAAAGUCUGGGAUUACCACAUGCACCUGGACAUUAAUUUUCAGGUUUUCAUUGGCCAUUCAGAGACUGCAUCCAAAGUGUUUUUCACACCAGAUGAACGCUCCAUCAUAAGCGCAGGGGAAGCUGUAUACAUUUGGAAUAACCUGGCUGUCCGACCAGUGACAUCACAUGAAGACUGGAAGAUUGAUGCUGAUAAAAUGUCUGCCUUAGAUGCCAUGUUUGUGGACAACACAUCAACUGACAUGCCAAGGCAUACUCCACCACGUCCCAUGCUAGCUCCCAGCCUGUCUACUCGCAUUGAGGAUCUCAGCUCCAUACAUGGUGGUGACCUAGAUCUUAAGUCCUUGCUGUCAGAAGAAGACAUGCCAAUGGGGUCACCUGAUGCUGGCAAAGUUGGAUGGGAAGGCAGUUCACAAAAUGUUCCACUUAGUCAUGAGAAGAAUUAUGUUUUUGAAUCCCCUGUGAAGGAUACAUUGAAUGAAUGUGCACAGAAGUUUGGAGAAGUGUCGCUGAACAGAGUCAAAAGCACUAAGUUUGAGAAACACUCACCACAUAAGCCAAAGACACAAACCAGUCAUGUACGAACUUUGGAAGAGAAGCCACAGAAGGUCACUACCAUGGAAAAAACCCCAGAAGCCAUAGCUCCAUCAUGCAGCAGGCAUUUCAAGGCCACAAUUAAGAGUCAUGCCAUGGCCCGGCGUCGGUACACAGCUCCCCCUCAUCAAGCUGGUCUACGACUUAGCUUUGUCAUUGGCUACAAUGGAAAUGGGCGUGACAACAUGAUUUGGUGUCCAGACACAGGUCUCUUUGCCUACACCAGUGGCAGUAUUGUUGUGGUUGAAGAUUUGAACACAGGCCAGCAGACACACCUCCAAGGUCACCAAGAGGAAGUGUCCACACUGGCUGUACAAAAUGAUUGUCGGGUAAUAGCAUCCGCUAGUGGAUCCUUUGGUCAGUUUAGCAGCUGUCAGGUGUGUGUGUGGGAUGUAGCAGAUGCUGUCUGCAAAAAGGUCCUUAAUCCCCACCAUCAUCAGGUUGUCUGCAUGGCAUACUCUCGAGAUGACCGAUUUCUACUGACUGUUGGCGACUAUCAUGAAAGCAAGGUGAUAGUUUGGUCCACACAUACAUACACCAUGCUUACCAGCUCAAAGACAGCUGCACCUAUCCACUGCAUCAAAUGGGAUCCGACUGCAGUGAACGAAUUUGCCACUGUGGGAGAAGAUGGCAGCCUCUGCUUUUGGUUGUUGGAUGAAACGGACAGUGAGGCAGGGCUGUCUGUCCAUGAGGCUGAGGUUCCAGAUGAGUUGCUGAAUCAGGAGAUGGAUGGAGAAGUGGCUUUUACAAACUUGGAGUAUACAUGUGACAGUACUUUGUUUGUGUCUGCAACGAAUGGCAAAGUGUCAGCCUGGGACACCCGACACAAUUCCUGCUAUAUGCACUGGGAUGCGGAUACAGCUGAAAUAGGCAUUCUGUUAGUUGGGACAGGGGGUCUAAUAACAGCCAGCAGUUCGGGGAAUGUUCGGUUAUGGUCAGUGAAGGGAGUAGAGCAGAUGAGAGAGCCUGGACAUGCUGGACGGGCACCUGCGGGCAGAGGGCUAGUAAUGGAGGAUGAAAUGACGCUGGAUGGGGUGGUGACAGCUGCUCGCUUUGAUGAGAAUCUGGAAAUGGGCAUUGUUGGCACCAGUGCUGGGACACUGUGGUACAUCAACUGGACGGAGCGCACAAGCAUAAGGCUCAUCUCAGGACAUGGAAAGAAGGUAACAGCAAUUGCCAUGACAACAGGUGGACUGAUGGCUACUGGCUCUGAAGAUGGCAGCUUGCGAGUGUGGGUUUUACAAAAUAAAGAGCAGGCCUUGCAGUUCCAGGUGAAAGACCAGAAAUGCAGCAGUGUUGCCUUUGCUCCUGCCAUUCAGCAGCACGCAAAAUUCCAAAACAGUGCUGAUGCUACAGCUCAGGGUCAAGUGGUUCCACCCUUGGCAGCUGGGUACUCGGAUGGUACUGUGCGGGUGUUUGAUGUCAACUCUGUUCAGAUGCAGCUGAAAUUAAGACCUCAUUCUGCAGCUGUUACUGUCAUCAGGUUUUCCUCAGAUGGAAGCUUGAUCCUGUCAGGAGCUAGUGAUGGGUUAAUUGCCAUCAGCAGCCCCACAAGCGGGAUGACUGUGCGGGUCAUUAGUGAUCACCAAGGAGCUCCUAUCACCGACAUUGAUGUUGCUCCCUUGCAGAUCGAUGAUGGAGAUCACAAGUUUCAAUCAGCUCAGCUGUGGCUGGCUUGCAGUGGGGACCGAAGGGUCAGCAUCUGGUCAUCUGAUUGGGGUCGUGAUGUGUGUGACCCCAUAGACUGGUUGACUUUUCCUGCACCUGCCUGCACGCCAGAGGGAGAGCCAAUCAAAGGCAAAACUCCGUACUCAGUUUUGCCAUUGUCCCUGGCAAGGUUCUCACCUGAGGAACCAGACAUCAUAGUAUACACUGGCUAUGGCAUGAACAAAGGCAUACAGUUCUACAGUCUUUCUCAUCGCAGGGUAAUGAGAACAAUGUCACUGACUCACUGGGCUUGUUGCUUCGAUCUGUCUCCUGUUAGCCCUCUCAUCGCUGUUGGUGUUCGUGAGCGAGUAUUGAAGCUUAUGGAUUACUAUGAAGGCAGCUUCCAGGACUUUGCAUCUCAUGACAACGCUGUCUCUUUGGCACGCUACACUCUUGAUGGUACUCGACUUGUGACAGCAGCACAUGGACAGAUACUUGUUUGGGAUGUCUUGAUAUGAUAUGUGCAUAUUUCAGUUUACACUGCCUCCAUUGGGAUGAAGUUCACACCACAGGUUCAGUCUUCCGCAUCUUCUUGAAUCAGCUUGCUUUGCUGUCUACAGGGUGAUGUCGAUAAACAUAAAUUAAUCAGUAACACAUGUGCUGACAAGGUUCCCCCUUGUGGGCAGUUCUUAUUGUGAACAAGAAAAUGCUCUUGACACCAAGGAUCUCCCAUAUUUCAGUAUUAAUAUAAAAAGCUACAUUUUAUUAUUAAGCACAAAAGAAUCUUGUGUCUUGAAUUUUUCAAACACUUUUCUUAGUGACAGUCUCAAGCAUUCAAUGGUAAAGUUUAAUUAGGUGUUAUACAAUGGAUAACAUAUGCAUUGGUAACUGCAUGCACAGUUUUAUCUAUAUUUAUGAAAGCACUAUGUAUGGGUGAGUGAAGGAGUGUGUAAAAGUGAUAAAUUCUGGUUCUUGAUGUCUGAAAAAGUUUAUGUGACUCAGCAAGUAAUCAACGCAUUUCAUAAAUUUGGCAUUAAGUUUUAUUUAUCUUAGUAAAAUUAAGUCAUAACAAUAGUGUUAUAGUUGUAUGUUGUUACCUAGCCUAUUCUCUAAACCUUAUGCCUGUGGUCAUUGGACAUAUCAAUUAUCAAAACAUGCUGUGAUAAGAUUGCUGUCAAUUUCAAGUAUGAGAUUCUUCUCAAUGUUUUGAUGAGAAACAAUUACAUAUUUCUUAACUAUA